UUAAGGGAGGCCAUACUCUUGGCACUACACCUAAACGGUGCGUCGUACAAAGGACAAUCAUCAUCACCGAACGAGGGGGGGGUGGGAAAAAUACCCCCACCGAGCUCCAAGCGAAAAUCCCCUUUAAACCCCCUCUCGGCUUGACCUGACCCUACCUCCUUUUUUCAUCCCCGGGAAGGAACGCGCGAUCCUUACCAUAGCUCAUGAAUUCUCCCCCAAUACUUUUAGGGUAGGUACCUAUCUCUAUACUAACCUAUCGGUAUCCACAUGGCGCCCAGGUGAACAGCGCUGCAAGGACAACCCGCAAUCCGCCCUGUCGCGCCCAGGAACCCGUUUGCCACCAAUUCGCCUUGUCGCCUCGCAUUCAUUUGCUAUGGGAGUAUUCGCAGGCUCCGAUUCGACCAACCUCGGAGAAUCCUAAUUAGACCGUAGGACGCUCUUCCACAUGUCCUCUGGGCUCUUUCCCGCGACGGGGACUCCCGUCACGCUGUCUAGAGACUCCGCCGGCAGCUACACCGGCGACGGCGCCCCGAGACCGAGGCGGGCUAGGACGAGCAAACCAAAAGUUAAGACGGGGUGCAAUAACUGCAAACAACGAAGGAUCAAGUGCGACGAGAAUCGCCCGUCGUGCAGCAAUUGCGUUCGCUCCAAGAAAAUAUGUACCGGCUAUCCUCCGCCGAGCAGGAGCGCAAGACCGUCUGAAGAGGUCAGAAUUGCGCCGAAACCGAGUCCCGUUUGGGACAAUGCUGCCGGGCCGUCUAUGCCUGCGCCGUCGGCGAGGCAGGUGGAGAAGUACAGGAAGCGCGAUAAGGAAAGGCAGAACCGCGAGAUCGCCCUCGCGAGCCCUCCAAAGACCCCAAGAGUGGGCAGUGUGAGCAGUGUGAGCAGCGGCCCCGUGAUGCUCUACACGCCGUCGAUGAAUCUGCCCUUCAAUCAGCAGGAGGGUCUUUAUUAUCAGCUGUUCCAGGAGCGCACAGCAAGCGAGCUUUCGGGCUUCUUCGAUAGCCUUUUCUGGUCCCGGGGUGUCCUCCAGGAGUGUUAUUCCGAGGCCGCCAUCCGACACGCGGUAGUUGCGCUCGGCGCAUUAUAUAGGACUCUGGAGAAGACGUGUGAAUCGCCUCCGGGUUCUCCCACUACAACCCACCACUCAAACCCCAUCGACACCCCUCUUAAGCAUUGGGAAAUGGCGGUCAAGAAAUACUCGCACGCUUGCCAGGAACUGUGCGCUCCCGGUUCGCAGAUCACGGAUCGGACGAGACUGAUGGGAAGCGUGCUUCUCGCGUGUUUUGACUCCUUCAUCGGCGAUCAUAGGCAAGCCAUCAGGCAGAUCCAGACUGGCCUCGGCCUGCUGGAACAACUUCGCGUAGAGCGGAGGCGCGCGUUCUUGUCAAAGCCUGAGGAGCCCGUCGAGGAGGAAAUCAUUCAGAUGUUUACUAGGCUUGCGAUUCAGGCUAAAUCCUACGACAUGGCCUUUCACUUCCCUCACCCCUAUGUCAUCCGCCUCAAUGAGGCUCCUCGAGGUGCCGAUGCCACUUCGCCAUCGUCUGAAGGCUCCUCGCCAGUCUCCUUACACCAUGACCCUAUACCGGAGCGGUUCCUUUCCUCCAAGGAGGCUCGCUUAGCAUGGGAUGCUCUCGUCGAGCGUAUAUUCAGAUUCACCGAGACCAUGUUCUCACAUGUGUCAAACGGGCCGAUGGGUGUUUUGCCGUUGGUCCUGAAAAAGCACGGGGCCGGUUUCGGAAACCAGAUAGAAGCUUGGUCCAACGCGUACGAGCACAUCCUCGCCUCUAGGACCGCACCCGGCGUCAGCAGCCAAGAGAAGACAGCCAUUGCCGCGCUCAAGAUGGCCCAGAUCAUGAGCCAGGUCCUCUUUCUGAUGACCUUCAGCGACAGCGAAGUGCAAUUUGACGCCUUCACCCCUCACUUCAAGGCCAUUGUCGAUCUUGCACUCGAGGUGGUCGGAGACGAGGAAAGGCGGGCUGCUGCAAAGCGGUGCCCCGACCUCCAGUCUUGCCAGCACCCUAUCGACGAUUGGAGUAACAUGUUUGGAGAGUACGAGUAUGCUGCCCGGCACAUCAAACCAAGUUUCAGCGCAGACCUCGGCAUUGUCCCGCCGCUGUUCGUCGUCGCCACCAAGUGCCGGGAUUUUGUGCUCCGGAGACAGGCCAUCCAGCUGCUCAAAAGCAGUUCGAGGCGAGAAGGCAUGUGGGACAGCGAACUGGCAGCCCGCAUCGGCGCUUGGAUUGCCAGCAUCGAGGAGCAAGAAGACCCUGUGGCUGCUGCCGAGGAACUGGGGACCACGGAUUGGUCGCACCAGUCCAUCAGCAGCUCUUCUACCUCGAGGCAUAGUGGCUCCGGUGAUUAUUGGGAAGGCGUCCCGCUCGGCCCGGGCGGAAAUGCGAGAUACGAUGCCCAGAGGGGAAGCCGGGGCGGCUACAUGGCCAGGGCGCAGAGGGGUCCGAUACCUGCUGAGAGGCGCGUCAUGAUCAAGGCUGUCCAGUUCGACCUCCGGGAGCGAUUUGCGACUAUCCAACUCGGCACUCGAGGACUGCCUUCGGGUGCGCCCGAUCUGAAGACACGGGUAAAGCGGAUCGAGUGGUGAACUGCCUUGCUUUCCUUUCCGUCUUGGUUUUAUUUGACUUUCUUCUUUCACAGCGUUCUGCUUGCAUUCUUCGGCCUGAUUCUCAAAUACCCGGACGGCGUUGGAGCGUUGGAACAUGUAUUGGCCAUGUAUGAAGCGGCCUGGAUGCUAUUCGUAUUGUCUUUAUAUUUUUUCUUCUUUGGCG